GAUUUUGAUCUAGACGCUCCCUUCGGCGGUGAGGCUGGUUCGGCGACGGGUACGAUCGACUAUUUGAAGGGGAAGGGUUUCGUUCUUGAGAUAUGUACGGAUUCCCCCUCCCCUCUCUCUCUCUCUCUCUCUCUCUCCCCAUUUUAUUCGGUUAGUUUCUCUGCCUACAUAGCGAGAAUAGUUACAGGAGGAAGUGAAGAGUUUGUAGGUCGAAUCCGAUAUCAAUCCAUGAGACCAGAAAAACUCAGCCCUUAUGGAAAUUUUUUUUAAUCAUAAAUUAGCAGAAAAUCUGUGAUUAAAAACUCUAUUUUUAUUUUUAAACUGAAAUUACCAUAGCGUAGAUUUUACGCAUUGUCUUCAUUUGUCUUGCAAAAUUGCCCUUAUUCCUCCUCACUGUCCUGCCAUUGUUGCGCAACCAUGGCCUGCUUCAAUUGAAAAAAAAAGAAAAAGAGAUGCUAUUGUAGGAGUGGGAGUAGAAGCAUUGGUCUUUACUUUCUUACUUCUUUUUUUUCUUUUAUUAUUAUUAUUUUUUCAAUCUUAACCUAUGUUUCUAACCACCAUUUGUGUUUUUAGUGCUGCUGUGUUGGCUUUUGGGUUCAUAGGAACUCAAUUGUUUUGUGAGGUUUUUUAAUUUUUGGUUUUUAGGUUCCUUGAGUCAUACAAGAUAUAGUGUAAAUGUCAAACUUUUGAGUUAUUAAAAACAUCUGUUAUACAUGAUGCAUAACAGUGGGAUCAUUUACCCUUUUCUUUCUUUUUUUGUUUUUGCUUUGUGCUUUGUCAAUGGAAGCAAUCCUGUCCUUUUGGUUGUGCAAUGUGAUUAUAUUAUAUGUUAGUACAUGGUCCACUACUUAAAUUUGAGUAUUAUUAUAAAUUUUUUCCACUUUUACCUUUCUAAUUAUUAUCUCCACAAAACACACAAAUGAUGGUUGAGAGUUUUUUUUUCUUUGGGGCCACUGGAAUGAUGUAUGAAGUGGGAAAUGGAUUGAAAACUUUCUGAGAUAUGGGGAUGUUGUCUCUACUUUUAUUAUGGUGCUGUUUGCUGUUAAUUUAAAUGAGCCAUUUAUGAUGGUUUCUAUUUUGGGAUUUUGUACAGUUUAUGUGUUAAUUAUAAGUUUUAGAAUUUUAUUUUUUUAAAUAAGUUAUUGAAUUUUAACCUAGAAUAAAAUAUAGCAAACAUGCUUUCAAAAUGAUGAGUGAGAUCGAAGGAUAGCAUAGUGAUAUUUUAGUUUAAGGGGGGCAUCCUUGUCUGUCCUCCACAAUGAGGGGACAAAAAUUAAGUUUAUGGUAUGAUUAACUACUAAAUAAUUCUUCGUUCAAUAAAUUGAUUGAAAAACAAUGAUCACCAUAUCAUUCCAUUACCCUUCUUUCUCCCAAGAAAGAUAAUGAAACCCAAAAUUAUUGUUAAUUGUUAUGCUCAACCUGUACUUUGUGGGUGAAAAGAUUCAUGCAACUUAAAAUGAGAUGAAUGAAGAGGACCUCUGAUUCAUGUUCUGUUUUGGUAUAGUAAUGGACUUCCUACUCUUCCCAAAUGAUAUACAUGAUGGCAGUGGAUAAAAUUGGAGAUUUGGCUCAAAAUCCAAUAGUAGCCUAGUUGAUGGUCAAGUGUUGGUUCCUUUAUUGUGUUGUUGUGUGGCUGCUGCUGCUGUUAGUUAGGAGUAGACUGCUGUUGCUGUGUGUGCUGCUUUAAAUGAUAUCAAAAAACAAAAAUAAAUGAAAUCAAAGUCCCAUCUUAUUUCACUAUCAAUCCCUCCCAAACUAGCAAAUUAAGUCCUCCCUCCCCCCCUUUUAUUCUUCUUUUAUUCAAUAAAUAAAUAAUAAAUUCGCAAAAGGAUACAUUGUUUGGAAUGAAGUGUUGUUAGUUGUCUAUUGCUAUUAUUAUUUUAAAUGACUGCUGCUGCUGUGUGUGUUGCUGCUGCUGUUAGUUGUCUAAUGCUAUUAUUAUUUUAAUUUACAUUUACAUGAUCAUUAUCGUUAUCAUCAUCCAGUAGUAACGAAAUAAGCCAUGAAUAAUAGCAGAGCUUUGCCAAUGUAGUUCUCUGGGUGCAUUGAUCCAGUAUUCUAUUUAGCUUGGGUAUCAAUGGCAUAUAAUGAUAUCUUACUUUAGUGAAUGGAGCAGAAAUUUGCUAAAACUGGCUGAAAAUUAUAUCCCUGUAUUUCUCUUAAUAUAAUUGUGAAUUCAGUGACAGCUAUUUACUGGACUGCAUUCAUAUACAGAUUACUUCAACGUUUAUGUUAGAAUAGUAUUUCUUAAUCUCUCUAGCUUUUAAAUGUAUUUCUUUUUUACAUUACUUCAGCGUUUAUGUUAGAAUAGCAUUUCUUAACCAUUUUUCACAUCUAGUAAUUAGUUCUUUGCAAAAUGCAGAGGUUUCCUUCACAAACCCACGCACACUCACUUCCUAAUUAUGGUUCAGUCUUAGUAAUUUAUCAUGCUGGAUAACCUUAAUGCAAGAAUUCAAGUGACAAGUAGCUGGGUUUCAACUUUAGCAAAGGGUAAGAAGCUCGCUUAUGUGGACCAGUGCAGUUUCGUUGGAUGUACCCAUUUGAAAGAUACAUGAAGAUACUCAAAGGUUAUGUUAAAAAUCAUGCAAGACCUGAGGGAUGCAUAGCAGAAUGCUAUCUAGUUGAAGAGUGUAUGCAAUUUUGUAGUGGGUAUAUGAAGAAAGAAGUUGAAAUAGGUGCUCGACAUAAUCGCAAUACAGAGUUUGAAAGUGAAACAAUACUAGAAGGAUGCCCAAUUACUUCGGGAAAAUCAAAAACGAUACCAGAUGAUGUGUUGCAAAUUGCUCAUCGAUGUGUUCUAAUAAACAGUGCAGAAGUCCAACCUUAUAUAGAGAUGCAUGCAGAAGAGCUUAAGCGUUUGGAUAAGCGUUUCUUGAGGGAUGCUGCAUUACUACAUUCUAGACAAAUGGAAAAAGGUUGAAGAGCUUCACAAGCCUUCUACAGAAGAAGGCCCAAUGUCUAUCAAAGAUAAUGCAAUUGUUCAUGCGUUUGGUUCAGAACGCUGUGGUAGUGUACGGGGGCUUAGAUUUGGAGCAUUGCCAUUGAAAGUUGAUGCACUAGUGUACCAAAAUCAAAAUGUGGGAAAACUAAAUCAACAAAUGCUGCUCUUACAACAAGAACUCCAAGAGAUGAGAGCUGAAAUUUUAAAAGGAAAAAGGCAAAAUGAGGAACCAAGUGAAGAUGCAAUGGUUAGGAAAUGUUCUCAUGGAGAAACCCAGGGUAAGGAAAACAGUGGAAGUGGUGAACAUAGGAUGCACAAAGGUGGUGAACAUAAGAUGCACUCACAAGAAAAUAUUUGGGGUGACGAAAAUAGCGAAGGCAGUGAAAAUGAAGACAUUUGGUUGCAUGAUGAGAAUGAAAUUGGAAAUGGUGGAUCUAACUUGGACAAUGCCAAAUGCAAAUUGUUGAAUUGGGAUGGGACAAAGGUGGUGGUUGCGGAAGGCACAAUUGCAUCAAUAGAUUCUAAACAAUUGGUACAUCACGUGCCUCUUGGCCCUGGGUGUUGGAAAGUGUGGGUUAAUCAUGUCAAAGUCAAUGCACCAUUGUUUCGCCCUAAUCGUGAGAUGUUUGUGCUUGAGGAUACUAUUGGAAGCACUAUUGCUUGGCCAAACCAUUUCAUCAGCUUUGAUUUUGAGUAGAAAUUCUAAUAUCUAUGAAUAGUUUUUUAUAUGACUUUGAUGCUUUUGGAUAUAGUUUUGGAUAGUUUAGAAACUCUAACAUCUUUGGAUAGUUUUGGAUUUUGUUUAGACACUUGUAUAUGAUAUAGUUUUUGGAUGGUUUAGAACUUUUUGGACAAUUAGAAGUUAAGGAUAGUUCUUUUUGGGUGGUUUUGAAUUGAGGUUAGUUUUUGGAUGUUUGGAAUGUAUAGACAAUUGUUGAAUGUUCAUAACUUAUAUAUGGAUAUAGUUUCUUUUGAUGGUUGAAA